AUGGAGGACGAAGAGCCACCACUUGCGGUUCAGAUUCAAAGAAAUGAUGAGUCCGUUUCGCAGCAAUCUUCUGUUGGGGUCACUCUCAUCACCGGCUAUCUUGGUGCGGGCAAGUCCACUCUAGUGAAUCAUAUCUUGAGUUCGCAACAUGGGAAGAGGAUUGCUGUCAUUUUGAAUGAGUUUGGUGAGGAAAUUGGCGUGGAAAGAGCGAUGAUCAAUGAAGGGGAUAAGGGUGCCCUGGUUGAAGAAUGGGUUGAGCUUGCCAAUGGGUGUAUAUGUUGCACAGUCAAGCAUAGUUUGGUUCAAGCACUUGAGCAGCUUGUCCAGAGAAAGGAGAGGCUUGACCAUAUAUUGCUGGAAACCACUGGAUUGGCAAAUCCAGCACCUUUGGCAUCUGUCCUAUGGUUGGAUGAACAGUUGGAAUCAGAAGUGAGGCUUGAUUCUAUUGUCACGGUGGUGGAUGCUAAAAAUUUGCGCUUCCAGCUUGAUGAGCGCCGUGGCUCAUCUUCAUUUCCUGAAGCAUAUUUUCAGAUAGCAUUUGCGGACAUUAUAAUUCUUAACAAGGUUGAUUUGGUAUCUGCAGAGAGCUCUGGAGCUCUGGAAGAACUUGAGGAGGAAAUACAUGACAUUAACUCUCUUGCAGAGAUAAUACAUUCUGUCCGGUGUCAAGUUGACUUGUCUAAUAUAUUUAACCGCCAAGCAUAUGAUACUGCACGUACUACACAUUUAGAGGCAUUGCUAGAAGAAAGUCGUUCUUUGUCUACCAACAAGCUUCAUGAUAGUGGCGUGAGAACCAUAUGCAUUUCUGAUACACAGACAAUUGAUCUUGAUAAGACUCGAAUAUGGCUUGAGGAGAUUCUCUGGGAGAAGAAAUAUGAUAUGGAUGUAUACCGUUGCAAAGGAGUGUUGAGUGUUCAAGAUUCUGAUCAACUGCAUACAUUACAGGCAGUGAGGGAACUAUAUGAGAUUGUUCCAUCUCGCAAGUGGGAAAAGGAAGAGAAACGCAUUAAUAAGAUAGUCUUUAUCGGUCAUAAUCUGAAAGAAGAUAUUCUGAUUAACUCUUUUAGAGAUCGUGCAACCGUGUGA